GGUAAAUUGUAUUCAGGUGUUGCACACCAGGCCGCGUCACUGCACUAGCCGGCGGAACGUAGUGUCCGUCAGUCGAGUGCCCGCACGCGGCGAGCGAUGACGUGCCGCCAGCGUGAGUGUGUCGCGUGGCGCGAACGGCCGCGCGACUUGUGACCCCGUCGUCGGCAUGUGAUGUUCCGGAGACGCGCGCUGCGGCGGCGGCUGGAGGCGGCCGGCGCGCCUUCCUUGUCCGACGACCAGCUGCGGCGGCUCGCGAGGGCGUUGGACGCGGGCUCCGUCGGCGGGGAGUGCGUGCCGGCCGGUCACGCCGCCUCACAACUCCGACUUGCAGUCACCCGCCUCUUCAGGUUCCCCGACCUAAGAGACUCCAGCGAACUUCGCCGCCUACCCCUGUGCGCUGACCAGCAGUGCUGCAAUCCGUACCACUGGAGCCGUCUCUGCAAGCCCGAAACCCCUCCUCCACCUUAUAGUCGAUACGCAAUGGAAGACCUCAAACCUAAAGAGCAUGGCGAGAGUACAGAAGACGCCCGGAGGACGGACCAUGAGCGGCUUGUCUCCGGGUCCCUGGCUACUGACGGUGAAGAACGCCAGAGCUGGGAGUCAGAAUGGUGUCGGCUUGCGUACUGGGAAUUGACCCAGCGUGUUGGUCGUCAAUUUGGUGUCCGAGUGAGGGCAGUAGACGUGUUCGGAGGAGGCGGAGGGGCCUGUGGGUCUGGGAGACAUGGGCUAUGCUUAGAUGCAUUGGACCAAAGGGGAGAUGCACCGCAGGCUGAUCAGGUGAAGAAAACAAGAGCAAAGAUCGGGUUAGGUGUCACCCUGUCACUAGAAUCAGAUGGGGUGUGGCUUUACAACCGCAGCCAGGAGCCAGUGUUCGUGAGCUCACCAGCACUGGACGCUGCUGCAGCCAAGGCCCUACUGGUGUGGAGGGUGGCCCCAGGCCACUGUCUCUGUAUCUUCGACCCCUCUUGCCCACCUCCAGCGGUCUCCUUGCCCCACAUUGGCCCUGUAGACCCAAGGUCGGUGAGGAUCUCGUUCGCAAAAGGUUGGGGACCCAAGUACUCGAGGCGGGAUGUGACGGCGUGUCCGUGUUGGCUGGAAGUCUUGCUUGCACCUCCAAGCUGACGCAAAUAAAGUGAUGUGGAUUUUGUGUGGCUGCUCGCUUUGAGAUGGAUUUGAAUUACAGUACCGUAUACUUAAGGCCGCGGGUACUUCCCGCGGCGGAAUGAUUGCCUAAAAUUGAUGAUGUAAAACAUAGUAUUGCAGAUAAAACAGGACAUAUUUUUGUUACACGAUUUCAAAAACACAGAUAACUUCAAUCUUUAUUACCCAGGUAUAAUUUUUCUCGGUCCCCUCAAAGCAAGCAGUUACAC